GCAGCAGGCAGUUGAGGCUUAAACCUGAGCUCAUCGUACACCUCCACACGCACACACACAUAUACACACACAGAGGAGAGGGAGAGCAGCCCGUCCUCGCAGCCAUGAGUAGCAUCGGAUAUGACCCCUACUACUCCACUUCGUCAUACAGACGCUGGUAUGUCGAGGCUCCCCCUCGUGUGGUGGUGACCAGAGGAAGGACCCACUCCGCCUACUCCUCCCACACGUCCCCGCUGUCCUCCUCCCGCCUGCAGUACUCCUCCUCCGGCCGGCCGCUGCUCUCCUCGUCCCCGCCAGCCUCUUCCUUGGAGCUGGAGCUCAGCCAAGCCGCCCAGAUCAGCUCCGAGUUCAGGGCUGUUCGCACUCAGGAGCGCAGCCAGCUGCAGGACCUCAACGACCGCUUCGCCGGCUUCAUCGAGAGGGUGCGUGAGCUGGAGCAGCAGAACCGUGCGCUGGAGGCAGAACUGCUGCUGCUGAGGCAGAGGCACACCGAGCCGUCCCGCCUGAGAGCCCUGUACGAGCAGGAGGCCCGGUCGCUCAGAGCGGCGGUGGAUGAAGCCAGAGCGGAGCAGCAGGCCGUCCUGGGACAGAGAGAGCGGCUGGAGCAAACCCUGAGCGCCCUGCAGGGUCGAUAUGAGGAGGAGGUGCUGGCUCGAGAGGAGGCCGAGGCGAGACUGAUGGAGACCCGGCGUGAGGCCGACCAGAUUUCCCUGGCCAAAGCCGAGCUCGAGAAGAGUGUCGAAACCCUGCUGGAGGAGCUGGCCUUCCUCAAGAGGAUUCAUGAGGGUGAAGUGGCUGAACUACAGGCCCAAGUCCAGCUGGGCGUGCAGGUGGCGGUGGAAUCUGAGGCCGCCGCUCCUGACCUCUCGGGAGCCCUCAGGGACAUCCGGUCCCAGUAUGAGAGGCUGGCGGCCAGGAACAUGCAGGCAGCGGAGGAGUGGUUCAGAGGGAAGGUGGGCUCCCUGACUGAAACUGUGGCCCAGCACACUGACGCCGUGAGGAGCUCCAAGGACGAGGCGGGAGAGUACAGACGCCAGCUGCAGGCUCGCCUGCUGGAGAUCGAUGCAUGCAAAGGCCUCAAUGAUUCCCUGGAGAAGCAGCUGCAUGACAUGGAGGAGAAGCAGAGUGCUGAGAUAGGAGCUAUGCAGGACACCAUUGCAGAGCUGGAGAGCGAGCUGAGCGGCACCAAACAGGAAAUGGCGCGUUACCUGAAGGAGUACCAGGAUCUGCUCAACGUGAAGAUGGCUCUGGACAUCGAGAUCGCAGCAUACAGGAAGCUCCUGGAGGGAGAGGAGUCUCGCUUCAAUGUCGGCCUGGCUGGGGGCGUGUCCUCCCUGUACAGCCACAGCCUGUCGGCGCCGUCCUUCGCCCGGCCCGUCUUCUCCAGCCUCGGCUCGGGCACCUCCUACAUGCUGACGUCCCGCCUGCUCAGCUCCAGCGUCAGCACCACCGAGGGCAUCAUCUCUGCCAGCCACGCCCAGCAGGCUGAAGCCAGCCCACCUGGAGAGGAGGAGGAGGAGGAGGAGGAGGAGGUGGUGGAGGAGGAAGAGCAGGAGGGAGCAGAGAAAGAGGAAGAGGAGGAGGGAGAAGCAGAAAAAGAGGAGGAAGAGGAAGGAGAGAAGGAGGAGGGAGGGGAAGAGGAGGAAGCAGAAAAGGAGGAGGAAGAAGAGGCAGAUGAGGGUGUAAAGGAGGAGGAGGAGGAGGAGGAUAGCAAGGAAGUGGAGGAAGGAGCCGAGGCAGAGGAAAAAGAAGAAGAGGAAGGAGAUAAAGAGAAGGGAGAUGAGGAACAAGCUGAUGAAGGAGGUGAAGAGGCGAAGGAGGACGUAGAGGGUGGUGAUGAAGAGGAGCAAAAAGAAGAGGCUGCAGAGGAUGAAGGAGAAAAGGAGAAAAAAGAGGAGGGAGAUGAAGCCGAAGCCAAAGAAGAAGCACAAGAGGAGGUGAAGACAGAGGGAGCUGAUGAAAAAGACGAGGGCGCCAAGGAUGAAGAGAAGGAGGAGAAGGUGGAAAAAGCCAAGAAGAGUGAGGAGAAGGAAGACAAAGCCGACACUAAGAAAGAAGAGAAAGCCGAGACGAAGAAAGAAGACAAAGCCGACUCGAAGAAAGAAGACAAAGCCGACGAGAAAGACGUCAAAGCUGCUCCCAAAAAAGACGACGCAGCUGAAGCGAAAAAGGAGAAAGGUGACGAAAAAGCAGCCAAGCCUGAACCUGUUGACGAGAAAAGCACAAAAGGGAAGAAGUAGGCCGGUCGCUUCAACAAACUCGGGUCAAGACUGUCUACGUGCGAGACAUAACACAAACACAGCUGCCAGCAGACGCAUCAGCACUACUGUCUCCAUCCUGGUCGUGAACUCGGUGCUCAAUAAAAAAGUCCAAUAAUCAUUUACAGCAACAAAUCAAGGUUAACUGCUUGCAGAUGUCCAAAGUAAUCCGCAAUGAUUUGUCUUCCCGGUGAGUGUAGGAUGUGCUACUGCUGAAUGUAGAAGUGAGUGUGAGAGUUUUGGAUGAUAAAAUAAAUUAUUCUAAUAGCCA